AAAUUAACACAGCAGCACCUAUAGCCUCAGUUCACUAGGAACAAGGCGACUGUAUUGCCAACCUCUUGUGUACAGCAUUUCAAAUUGGAGGUGGCAAUAAAAAUUUUAAGAAUGUUAAUAUCAAGUAUUGCAUCAUGCGUUGUAUUUCAACUAUUUUUAAUUGAUAUCGCUUCAAGUAUUUCAGUGCACGUGAACUACACCAACAAUGACGUCAUCGACUCCCCGCUGCCCGAUGACGUCAACGUGACGGUGACCAUCAACGACACGACGCCCGUCCUUCUACAACUCAAGCGUGUCCACUACGUCGGCCUGGACACGCCUGUCUACACAAUCACGACGGACAAAGAUGGACGCCUCGUCCGGUCUAGGGAAGUUCUAGACUCCAGCGAGAAUAUCGGCUUCUAUCAGGACAUAAACAACCACGCCUCAUUUGAAAUUGAAAGGAUCAACAGCUUCGCGGAAAACGAGUUUCACUUCACUGUGAGAGGUGAGUUUGUACAUGCAGGCCAAAAGUACUCACUUUCUCCAAGCACUCGUGUGGAGCGAGAUCUUACGUCACAAGAAGACCAGUACGAUUUGCAGUUAGAAAAACUGCCAUCACAUUUUCAAAUGGACAGUCUUUUUCCAGAAAACCCAGACGGCUGGCCCUAUGAUACGUUGUCCCCGAAACUUCAAGCCCGACGUCGUCGUCAAGCCAAGGCCGACUUCUACAUCGACGUCACCGCCAUGUUGGAUUUCAUGUGUUGGAGAAGAUUCUUGUCUAAAGCCGCAGGUUCCAGACCUAACGCCAUCAACAACGUACUCGAGUAUUACGCAUAUAUUUUCAAUGGGGUCGAUCUUUUGUUCAAGAGUAUAACAUCAGCAGGCUUCAAGCUGAACAUUCGACUCACUAAAAUCGUCAUCUGCGAGACUGCCCAGUCGUCGCCGUUUACUAGCAGAGCCACCACCUUAGCCGAGAACUACAUCGACGCCUAUUUUACCAUUUAUACACUUACUUCUUUCAUCGAUAUCUACGGGCCAAAUUAUCUAGCGCCUUUUGAACAUGUGAUGUUGUUUGUUGGGUGUAAUCUGACAGUUCCUGAUCGAAGUGAAGAUCUUCUAGGCUUAGCUUACGUGGGUAGUGCAUGCAGGACCAAUGGAGAAAGCUCUUCUGUUAUUGAGGACAUGGGGGACUACAGGUGUAUCAUUACUGCAGCUCAUGAGCUUGGACACAG